AUCUCGACCAAGGAAUCAAUAUGGGUCGAGUCAUUCGUAAUCAGAGAAAGUCCGGUGGGAUCUUCAAGUCCCAUACCCACCACAACAAAAACCCGGCUCGAUUGAGAAACAUCGACUUUGCUGAGAAGAAUGGGUAUAUCAGAGGUGUUGUCAAGGAGAUUAUCCAUGAUGCUGGUCGUGGUGCUCCGUUGGCUACUGUAGUCUUCCGUGACCCUUACCGAUACAAACAACGCAUCGAGACUUUCAUCGCCACCGAGGGUAUCUCCACCGGCUCUUUCAUCUACUGCGGCAAAAAAGCCACUCUUAACAUCGGCAACGUCCUCCCCAUCUCCCAAUGCCCCGAAGGUACCAUCGUCUGCAACGUCGAAGAGAAGAUUGGUGAUCGUGGUGCCCUCGCUCGGACUUCAGGCAACUACGCCACCGUCAUCGGUCACGGAGAAGAUGGCAAGACCCGUAUUCGUCUUCCAUCCGGUUCCAAAGCCGUCAUCAGCUCUCGUUGUCGUGCCACCGUUGGUAUUGUCGCUGGAGGAGGAAGAAUCGACAAACCUUUCCUUAAAGCUGGUCGUAAAUACCACCUCAUGCGUCGCAAGAGGAACUCUUGGCCUAAGACUCGUGGUGUGGCUAUGAACCCCGUCGACCAUCCUCACGGUGGUGGUAACCAUCAACACAUCGGUCAUGCCUCUACCAUGGCUCGUGAUGCGUCUGCCGGUCAAAAAGCUGGUCUCAUUGCUGCUCGUCGUACCGGUCUGCUACGUGGUACCGCUGGCAAGACCGUCGACACUGCUUAGGUUCCUCACUCAACGGUGUCGCGGCAUUUGUACCGAAUAUGCAACUGGUAUUCGGCUGACCACCCGUCAAGCCGUCGAUAUCG